AUGCAGCCACCACCAGCCAACGGGGCCUGCAUACCACAUAGAGGCCCGGGAAGAGGUGAAACGGCAUCAGGCGAAGCGGCGAAGGCGCUUGAUUACAUCGAUACCUUGUGUAUCCAGUUUCGGCUUGUGGAUGCUAACUUUCGCGGCCUCGGCCUGGGACGAAUCUUACUUGAACGGGCGCAGGAGGAGGCUCUUUUGCUGUCUGCUCAGCUUUCGGCGAAGUCGGUUUCGCGAGUAGGCCCGUCAACUCAACCGCGGCCGUACGUAGUGACGACCAGUAUACUGAAGCUAAGCCGUUACGGGCGUUGGUACGAGAAGGAGCUCGGUUUCGUUCCGCCUCGAAAAUACGCGAUAAUGCAGAACAUAGCGAACACGUUGUUCAACCAGAUGUGGAUUCCGGACCACGUGCGUGUGCAAUACUUCGAUGUUGCGGAGGUACCGCUGGACAGAAAGCCUCAGAAAACGUACCAAGCUCGUCGUGUUUUGGCGCGCCCGUCACGACAGCCUUUCGCAACCUUCGAUGCGGAUGAGUUUGCUGACAUCUACAUGAAGGGGAUGCUGCUGAAUCGAGGCACGCAGAAAGAAAGAAGCCAGGCGGAAGAAUUACUGAAGAUGAUCUGCUGACCUCUAAUUGCCGGUUGUAAAUGUAAACAGAUGAAAACAAAGCGUGAGUGUCAAGUAACUGCAUCAACUACUUGAAGAUAAAUUUAUUUUGAGGGCUACACACUGUUGAAAUAUAAGUGUACUCCAUGUUCGAACAUGAACGAGCACAUUAUUGUGUUUCCAUUGUAGCAGAUCCGAUCCCGAUGAAGGUUGAGGUUGUGAUGUGUAAGAAAUACACUGUAAGACAUGAUGCGUACCCUGUAUCUCCAUGCAAACAUACGGUAGUCCUGAAGACGUAAAAACCCAUUCCCAAAGGUUAUUACUUAGUGGAGUGCUCCGGUGUCCUUGAUACUUCUCCCCGUUGUAUGGAAAAAUGAAUUAUCAGCAGCUUUGAACUGCCAGCCACAAAUACCCAUGUAAAGGAGAUAAAACUCAUUCGAACCUGAAAAAGAAAACAGUGUGAAAAACAACAAAAGAAUUUCGUCCGUGCUGCAUCAACUACUUGACAGUCACAACUUAAUGUCGUUUUACUGCAGAUCACUUCGGACUCGGUAAACAUGACCACUCCUUUACGCGGCUGAUGGAAUAGUAUGAUGACGCUAGUCGGUACCCGGGCGAUUGUGCCUGCUUAGGUGUUUAGCGCAGCUGCGGGAGGGUAAUGUUGAGUGGAUCAAAAUUAUUCCUUUUUGGGUCUCCGUAGGGGCUCGCACUGUUUGGUGACACACAGAAAUAGAGUCUCUGAAAACCAAUUGUUCGUUGGCACCAUGGAUCAUUGUGGGCGCAUUGCAGGCCAGCAACUACAGCGUAAAUUUGAUCUCUGGAC